AUAAAAUAUAUUGGUUAUUAUAAAGUAUAAAACGAGAUAUGCCAAUCAAAUGUAAUGUGACAAAUGGCGCGUGCGCUUGUAAUCUUCUGUGAUAGAAAAAAGAAGAAUGAAAGAUAACCUCAAAAGAUUUCACGAAUUAGAUAAAAUUAUUAUUUAUGAUAAAGUUACAUAUAAAUUGUUGCUAAAAAUUGUUUUCGAAUUUUCUUAUCAUUAUAUAACGCUUUGUUACUGAAUAGCACGUGGCUGUGCUUAAAUAAGUUUUAUGGUAUGUCAAGCAUAUUUAAAAUAAACGUGAUAAACGUGUGUAUUAUUCCUUGAGAAAAUAAUAUCCUGUAAUGCACAUGAAUUUACGAAAUAUCGUCGUUUUCGUCGCGACAUAUAUGUUGUGUGAUUUUGCAAGAGGGGAUAAAAUGAUGCUGUUCGAUUUCACGAAUGUGCAAAGUGUAGAUGAAUGGCGAGAAGUUUCUGACACUGUGAGAACAGUGGGAAAAUCAAAAGCUGUAUUAACAUUGCAAACAAGUCAACUCUUCCAGAGAGCAAUCCUCUUCACGUUGCUGAAUCCACAACCGAAUGGGGCUGGUUUUGCUGGCAUCAGAAAGCCAGUAAAUUUCAACCUGUCGAGAUUUAAGAAUAUUGAAAUCGUUUGCCGAGGACAGGGGCAAAAUAAUCAUUACAAGAUUAAUUUUAAACACCGUGGACAAAAUUCCAAUGAGGAUCUCAGCUAUGAACAAUUCUUCACAGUGCCAAUAUCGGACAACGAAUUUUUCACGAUAACGUUACCUCUGAAGAAUUUCAAGCCCUACUAUCGUGGACGCGAAAUUCCGGAUGGUGAGCCUUUGGAUACAGCAAAUAUCACUAUAUUUGAGUUUCAAAUUUAUGGUGGCGUAUACUCGCCAAUUAAGCAACAUGGCGUAUCGGCACUAGAGAUAGAAAGUGUAUCAGUUUCUUCCUAAUAUCUUAGUCGUAUUAGAAGAUAUAAAGUGCAUCUUUAUACAUAUAUAUAAAGAAUUUUUAUUUUUAUUUUUAUUUUAAAAGUAUUGCUAUAUAUGACACAAACAUGUAUAUCUAGUCUCCCAUAUAAGGUCUCUUUGAUAUAAAUAAUUCUUGCAUCUUUUUAAUCAUAUAUUAGUAAAAAAAAAAAAAGAAAAAGGAACUUUAUAAAUACCUGGUGUUACCUAUACGAAAAAAAUGGAAGAAAGUAUUAUUAUAUCACACAAGAACUAGCAUUUUUAAUAUUAUGUAUUGUGAAACUCUCUCUUGAAUGUAUUUUUAAAAAAUUCUUUUAAAAACUUGAUGCAAUCAAAUUCAAUUAGUAGUUUUGUGAAAAAGAAUAUAAAGUACCAAUUAUGCUUUUACUGAAUUAUGCAUAUGAAAUAUGCUUUCCAAGAUUUGAAUUGAUAGAUAAAUCUUUUUUUACCACUCACUUAAAUAUGUUUCUUCAAGGCAAUUAUACAGUUUAAGAUUUUGACUCAUUUUGUAAAAAAAUUACAUACAAUAUACAGAAUAAUUGUUUGC